AUGACUGUGUGUGUGUGUGUCUGUUCAUAUCUAUCUAUCUAUCUAUCUAUCUAUCUAUCUAUCUAUCUAUCUAUCUAUCUAUCUUCUCUUAUGCAAGAAUUUUUUGCAACAGACUGUGUAACUACACUACCCCCCCCCAACCCAAUCUUAUUCUUUCCUAUGUUUGGAAAUAUUUUAAUCGUGCUAUCUGUCUGUCUGUCUAUCUAUCCCUUUAUCUAUCUAUUUACUUCAUUCACUGUUUCCUUUUUUUUUCCGUCUUUUUCUAUCUAUCUAUCUAUCUAUCUAUCUAUCUAUCUAUCUAAGUUUGUUCAUAUCUAUCUAUCUAUCGAUCUAUCUACUUCAUGCACUGUUUCCAUUUCUUUCUUUCUUAUCUAUCUAUCUAUCUAUCUAUCUAUCUAUCUAUCUAUCUACUUCAUGCACUGUUUCCAUUUCUUUCUUAUCUAUCUAUCUAUCUAUCUAUCUAUCUAUCUAUCUAUCUAUCUAUCUAUCUAUCUAUCUAUCUACUUCAUGCACUGUUUCCAUUUCUUUCUUAUCUAUCUAUCUAUCUAUCUAUCUAUCUAUCUAUCUAUCUAUCUAUCUAUCUAUCUAUCUACUUCAUGCACUGUUUCCAUUUCUUUCUUAUCUAUCUAUCUAUCUAUCUAUCUAUCUAUCUAUCUAUCUAUCUAUCUACUUCAUGCACUGUUUCCAUUUCUUUCUUAUCUAUCUAUCUAUCUAUCUAUCUAUCUAUCUAUCUAUCUAUCUAUCUAUCUAUCUACUUCAUGCACUGUUUCCAUUUCUUUCUUAUCUAUCUAUCUAUCUAUCUAUCUAUCUAUCUAUCUAUCUAUCUAUCUAUCUAUCUAUCUAUCGACUUCAUGCACUGUUUCCAUGUCUUGUUUUUGUCUUUCAUUUUGA